UUUUUUUUACAGCCCAUCGGAUGUUUAGAUAAACAACGAUUCAAUUUGUCGUGUAUAAAAAUAAUUAUUUCUAAAAAUUUCUGCAGCACUUUCUUUAAUUGAUAUUUUCUAACAACCACCUGUAUAUAAUGACCUUACCAUUCAACCUUGUCAGAUCAAUAAACAAUUCUUAUUGUACAAGUAGCAUUUUAUUAAUUCGUCGUGUUGAAAAUGUAAAUGAUUAAUAUUGGAAUUUUUCUUUUCCCGCAUAACCUCAAUAUUGUGGAUAUCCCAAGAAUGAUUUGGGAUUUAUAAAUUGUAAAUUUCAAGCGACAGUACAAAUAGUGAUAAUGCACGGAAAAGGUUUUAUUUUUUUCAACGUGUCUCUGAUUAUUUUAACCAUAAGUUCAUCGGUCAAAUGUCAACAAUCAUGUGAAACUCCGAACGGUGUUUCGGCGAUUUGCAUUUCCGUUUUCGAUUGUAAACACUUUAUAAAAGCUAUUAGAAAUAGAAAUCUUUCACAACUCGCUUUUAUACGAAAGUCACAAUGCGGUUAUGAUUCUACUCCCUUUGUUUGCUGUGGUGAAGAUGUCGAUUUCCUCCCAAUACCAUCAGGAAGAUCUUCGUCAACUAUUAGUCAAAAUUUUCUGAGAAACUCGGCAAUUCCUGAUUGGAAGACCUGCGGAAUACAGAAAUCUGAUACUGGUAUUGCAAGAUUCAUUAUUGGAGGAACAGAAACGAAAUUGAAAGAAUUUCCUUGGAUGGCUCUUCUUGGUUACACAGAUAAAUUCGGUAAUUUGCUAUGGCCUUGCGGAGGUACUCUCAUCAACUCCAGGUAUAUUUUGACAGCUGCACAUUGCGUCACUGGAGAUAUAUUAAAAUUAGUAGGGAAACUUUCUUAUGUGAAGCUUGGUGAGCACAACGUAAAAACCGAAAUCGAUUGUGACAAACAUGGAAAUUGUAACAAUCCUCCAGUUGUAGUAGAUGUGGAAACUAGUAUUUUCCACGAGGAUUACGAUCCAGAUGAUAAAACCAGCGCAAACGAUAUAGCUCUAAUAAAAUUGAAUCAACAAAUCACGUACACAGAUUUUAUACGUCCAAUAUGUCUCCCGGAACCAAACGAAUUUUCUUUUAUCGGGGAUUAUCUCACAACAGCCGGUUGGGGUUUAACAGAAAAUCGGACUAAUUCUAAUUAUUUAUUAAAAGUGGAAGUUCCAUUAAAUGAUAAUGAAAAAUGUAAUAACGCUUUUAGAUCUACGGGGGAGACUCUGUUAGAUUCACAAAUUUGUGCUGGAGGAGACGCUGAACGAGAUUCUUGCUCUGGGGAUAGCGGGGGACCUUUAAUGGCUAGAAGGGCGAGCAAUCCACGUCAAUGGUAUCAAGAAGGAAUCGUUUCUUUCGGUGAUGUAACAUGUGGUAUACAAGGAUUACCAGGUGUCUAUACAAAAGUCUCAAGUUUCUUAUCCUGGAUACAUAGACAUUUAAAUACAGACGAAGAAAUUAAUACUGUAAACAAUAUUCAAACAGAAUCUAAAAGAUAUAAGAGACUCAUUGCAUUCAAAAAGUUUGAAGGGAAAUUUUGUCCGAACAAAAAAAGGCGAAGAACGCAAAUAAUAAAAAAAAAUCGGAAAAUAAAAAGUCUUUACGGACCAAGAUAUGAAAACGAAAUUGUCAAUGAAGUUAACAAAGAUUAUAAUGACGAUAUUUAUAUUUUGAAACCAUCUGAUUAUCCAAAAACCUACUCGAUUAAAUCCAAAAGUAAUAACAGGAAAUGUGGUAGAAAUUCGGAAGGUGUCAGUGAAAAAAUAGUCGGUGGGACACGUGUAGCUUUAGGCGAAUACCCCUGGAUGGCGUUAAUUCAAUAUAUCGGAACUAAAGGGGUGACAAAUGGAUGUGGUGGUACUUUGAUAAAUUCAAAACACGUUUUAACAGCUGCUCAUUGCGUAGACGAAGAUAUUCUACAAUUCCAAAAUUUAAAAUUGUAUCGAAUUAUUUUGGGGGAAUAUGAUACAAAAACAGAUCCCGAUUGUACUGCUGGACCUAAUAGCGUUUGCGCAGAUGCAAUUAAAGUUUAUAAUGCCGCGCAAAUAAUCAAACAUUACAAUUUUAAUAAAACAAAUGGCUUAUUGAACGACAUAGCGUUGAUAAAAUUAGACAGGGAAGUUGAAUUUUCAGAUUAUAUUAAACCUAUUUGCCUUCCGAGAACGAACUUUGUUCUUAAUCAAAAUGGCAGAGAAACAGUCACUGUUGCUGGAUGGGGAACAAUUUUCACCAAAAAAGAUGUUUCUGCAAAAGAAAGUACUAGCAGAAUGUUGAACAAAGUUGAUCUUCCAGUUGUUGAUCAAGGUUAUUGUACGAAUCAAGGUGUUAUUUUGACACCGGGUCAACUAUGCGUAGGUUUGGGAAAAGGCAUGGACUCCUGUCGGGGAGAUUCAGGAGGUCCGGCGAUGGUCCAAAUUGUUGAAGACUCAGAAAUCGUCACUUACCAAAUAGGCAUAAUUUCCUACGGAUUUAGUCCUGAUAGGGAAUUGUGUGGAAGUGUUUCGUCAGUUAAAACAUUCGUUCCUUAUUAUUUAAACUGGAUUUAUAAUCAAAUGUGAUAAUAUCUUUAUAUAAAUAGUAAUAAAUGAUACGA